AUGCUUUCUGCAAAGACAAACUCAAGGGGUUGUUCUUGUAUUUACCUCCUUUUUCCAAGAAUCUCCACUUCGAAACUCCCGCCAGCACCUGGAAGCAACACUACCACGGCGGACGGCCUCAAUAGCCCCCGGCAGCUGAAGCAACCACAAGUCCCCUCUGAUAGUGAACUCCAUCAACGAGUACCUCUCACUGACUACAACGACAUUAUUAUCGAGAUCCUCUCAAGGCUCCCAGUCAAAUCUUUACUCCAAUUUCGGUGUGUAUGCAAGUCAUGGUGCGCUUUAAUCUCCGAUUCUCAUUUGAUACGAAGCACGUCAGCCACGCUGUACUCACAUGCAUCAACAACACCAGAAACUUCACCCUCCUUAUCUGGUCCACGUGUAUCCACUCCAUUGUCCACGUCGCAUUGGCGGAUCAAGAGAGUGAUGCUCAUGUUCAUGUCACAGGCAAUCCAAGGUAUACCAAAACCUCUUUAUUCAGGUUUCGGUUCGCUGUUUUAUGGAUUUGGUUAUGAUCCCACCGCGGAUGAUUACAAGGUAGUCCAAGGAUCGUCUAAAACUACAUGUGGUUCUAAAGAAGUCGUGAUUCAAGUUUUCUCACUCAAAUCUGAUUCAUGGAGGAAGAGUGCUGACGAUGAUCACAUCAAUUACUUUCAGUUGAACAGGCAGGGUUGCUUUUUAAACGGAGCUCUACAUUGGGUAGAAGUUAAUAUGUUUGCUUCGCAAAUUCUGUCUUUCGAUUUAGCAGAUGAGAAAUUUAAGCAUAUGUUGCCAUUGCCCUACCUCGGCAACAAAAACUAUGUCUUUGCGGGAGUUGGUGUUAGUAAAAAUUGUCUAUUUGUGUAUUCUUACCCAAUGGAGACGGAUCGUCGGAUAUGGGUGAUGAAGGAGUACGGAGUCGCAAAAUCUUGGACUAAAGUGGUAAAAAUUCCUUCGGAUCAGAUCCUACCUGAAGAGUGCAAGGAAUCUUUCAAGCCUCUAUGCAUUUUAGAGAAUGGUGAAGUUUUGUUGGACUACAAGCGAAACGUAUUGGCGUUGUAUGUAUAA